AUGAAAGCGGUCAUUAAUUUCGCUGCUUCGUUGGUGUUGUUAGCACUCACAUCGAAUGCCUUCACACCUUCGACAUCGUUUUCGUCAGUUGGACAGUUGGUUCAAAGGAAUCCGAUGGGGCGCAGAAUGGGAAUGCCCUAUCUAAAUUCGGCACCGCCAUCAGAAGGUCAAUCAACGUCCAAUAGCAACAACAGAAACCCACGUCCGGGAAACAACGGCGGUCGGGGAAACAGUAACAACAAUCGCAGAUUUAACCCUAAUGGCCGCGGAAACAGCAACAACCCUAACGGUCCAAGAUUCAACAACAACGGCCAAAAUCGCAGUGGUGGUCAGCCUGCAUUGAAACUUGAAAAUCCGUUCAAGGUUCAACGAAUUGUUGCAGCAGCACCUCCUCCUCGGCAACCAAGGCAACAGCGAGACAACAACAGCCAAAACGAGAGAAGGCCAAGACCAGCUUCUUCGGCCGGUGGUGGUAGUGAUGGAAAACCUGGAACUAGAUCAUCUCCCAGUGAGUUUCGCGGGAAUGGUGGAGGAAGAGGGAGAGAUUCCGGUGGUGGCGGCGGCGGUGCUCCUGGAGGACUAGGGAAGAACGAUCGGAGGAAAAAAACUGUCGGCAAGAAGACGUAUGGUGGAGCAGGAUCUGAUGACCAGAGAAACGCCAGACGAAACUCUCUUCGAAUUGGUUCUGGAAGAAAAGGAAGCAGAGGUGGCCAGCGCCGUGGUAGCUUGAGAAAGCGUGAUCGUUCCGCAGAAAAAGAGGCUCGCCAAGAAGCAGCCGAGGAGCGACGAACUGUAGCCCUCCCAGAUGGUCCAAUCACUGUCAUGCAAUUGGCUGAAAUUAUUGACGAGAAGCCUGUCGCUGUCAUCAAAUUCCUCAUGACGGAUUUGGGAGUGAUGGCUGCCAUGACCCAAACCAUCGAUAUGCCAACAUGUGUCGCUGUUGUUGAGGGUUUUGGAAAGAUCAUUGGCGAUGAUUGGGACGAGGACGAAGAAGAUGAAAUUGAUGAGGACGACAGUGCCAUGAGUGUUGGUUUCGUAUCGCUAGAAGAUGAUCCUGCUCUCCUUGUAUCGCGCCCUCCUGUUGUCACUAUCAUGGGACACGUCGAUCACGGAAAGACCUCCCUCCUUGAUGCCAUUAGAAAUACGAAGGUCACGGCUGGUGAAGCUGGAGGUAUCACGCAACACAUUGCUGCAUACCAGGUGGAACACAGCGGAAAGAAGAUUACUUUCAUUGAUACCCCCGGUCAUGCUGCCUUUACUGAUAUGCGUGAGAGAGGAGCCAAUAUUACCGACAUGAUCAUUCUGGUUGUUGCCGCUGACGAUGGUGUCAAAGAACAAACUGCUGAUUCUAUUGCCUGCGCUCGUCAGGCUGGGGUCCCACUCCUUGUGGCGAUCAACAAAUGUGAUCUUGAAACUGCUGAUCCAACUCGAGUUAUGACUGAACUUACACAAUACGAUCUUUUGACAGAAGAGCUUGGAGGAGAAAUUCUUUCGUCACAAAUCAGUGCCAAGGUUGGAACCAACCUAGACGAUCUACUUGAUAAGGUCAUGCUUCAAGCUGAAGUAACGGGAUUGCAGGCCAACCCUGACCGCAACGCCGAGGCUAUUGUUAUUGAGGCCUAUGUUGAGCGUGGUUUGGGUACUGUCGCAACCUCGCUUGUCAAGAAGGGAACUCUUCGAGUUGGUGACAUUUUUGCUGCCGGUGGAACAUAUGGGCGAGUGCGAGCUUUGAUUGAUACGAACGAUGGCAAGACCAGGCUGGAAGAAGCAGGACCAAGUACUCCAGUUGGAAUUGUUGGCUUUGAAGGAGUUCCAUCAGCUGGUGAUCCACUUGUUGUUGUCGAAGAUGAGCAAACCGCCAGAACUCUUGCCGAGAGUCGGAAUAGAAUUGCGCGUGAGAAGUCAUCCUCUUCGUACCAAGAUAAUUUGAUGGGUUCAGUCGCCGAUGCAUUCGGAGCGCAGAAGGAACGACGUGAGAUGUGUGUCCUUGUGAAGGCCGACGUCCAAGGAUCUGCUGAAGCAUUGACACGUUCUCUACAAGAUCUUGUAUUGGAGAACGAGGAAGCAAUUGUCACCGUGAAGGUGCUUGUGAGUGAAGCUGGAGAAGUCAGCAAGAGUGAUAUUGCGAUCGCCUCUGUGACCGAGGACACAACUGUCAUCGCGUUUAACGUUCCAGCUUCGUUUGCUGCCAUGGAAGAUGCUCGCGUACAAAACAUUCCAAUUGAGUACUACAACAUUGUCUAUGACGCCAUUGAAUCUGUCGAGUCAAGAAUGCAGGAAGUGUUGUCUCCUACUCCAGAAGGAGAAUACACCGGAUCUGCCGUUGUCCAAGAAGUCUUCAAUAUUGGUGGAACCGGUAAUAUAGCUGGAAGUCGCUGUAACGAUGGUGUUCUUCGAAAGGGUGGAAAUGUUCGUGUUAUGCGUAGGGACAAGAUUUUGAUCGAGACAAAGAUCAGGACUCUGCGCAGUUUCAAGGCAGAAACUGACAUGAUCGAGGCUGGAAAUGAGUGCGGUAUCGGUCUUGUUGACUUUGAAGAUUUUCAACCAGAGGACGUGGUCGAGUGCUAUGUCGAGUAA